CCCCUGCUGAAUGCAUCUUCAUCAGUCCGACAAGUUGUUCCUCUGUCUCGCUACUAGCUAUUCUACACAGUUUUUUUUAGUCUAAUGCAUGCAACUCGCACGGACGCCCUUCCUUGACAAGGGACAGAGGAUUGAGUGCGGUCAGCGGACAACAACAACAACAACGACGACGAUGACGAUCGGACGGACGAAAAGCAUGGCGACUCAGACUCCAGUGCUUUCCGCCUGGCAUGUCUAUUUGGUGCUAUCCACCGUCUGCCUUGCAUUCCUUCUCAUGCGAAUCGGCAAGCUGGCCAGCGCGAUCCAUGCGCGCGAAUCUGGACUGAGCCACAUCCCCUACGCAUCGCCCUUGGGCGACCGCGCCUUGGGUCUAAAGCAGCGUAUCAAGAGGCUCAUCAUCGGUGAUCUCUCCCUCCUUGGACGCCCGGUUGAUGCGGCCUCUGCGCAGGAGCUCCUCCUCGACUCGACGCGCAGCUGCACGGCCGACGGCACGGCCGCCGCUGUCUUUGUCUACCGCGACGUCCUCUCCACCCCGCGCGUUGUGCUGUUCGACCCAUUGGCCGUGCAGCACGUCCUGAGCGUGCGCAGCUUCGAUGCUUUUGUCAAGCCGCCGCUCAUCUUGCGUAUCCUCACACGCACCCUCGGCCGCGGCUUGCUUGUCGUCGACGGGCCCACGCACCGGCGCCAGCGCAAGCAGCUUGGACCGGCCUUUGCGCAGGGCGCACUCCGGGGCAUGGUCCCCGCCAUCUUUGAGCAGGCCGGCCGCUUGGCCGGGAUUAUUGACGACGGCAUCAGUGGGCGGAUAAAGAUGGGGAUAAGAGAGCUGCAAAAGGUGGGACACAAGGAGGAGGUUGUGAUCGACUUUGGACUCUGGGCUUCCAAGCUAGCCCUCGACAUCAUUGGUCAAGUCGGUUUCUCGCGUGAUCUAGGAGCCCUCUCCGAACUCUGCAGCGACAAGGAGCAAGCCCCCGACCCUCUCCGCGCCGCGUUUGAUCUGCUCAAUAAAAUUCUCCUGAAGCCCAAGCCGCGCGACAUGGUCCUCUUGGCGCUUGCGCAGGUGCCCGGCUUUGCAUGGGUGCGGUCCCUGCCGACAGAGCGCAACGUCAACCUGCGCAACGUCUUUGAGACAUUCUCCAGCACCGCGAAGGGCUUCCUCGAUGAGAGAAGGGCGCUCCUGAGCGGUGGCGAGCGACAGGCAAAAGAUUUGCUCGACCACUGCGUGUGGGCAAACAUGGACCCAAAGCUCAAGGAAGGAGACCGCAUGAGCGACGAAGAGAUUAUUGCGCAGGUCAACACUUUCAUGACUGGUGCGGUUGGGACGACAUCUUCAGGCAUGUCGUGGUUAUUCCAUUACCUCUCUCUGCCAGAGAAUAUCCAGUAUCAGACCCGACUCCGGGACGAGGUGCAAGGGGCCUUUGGCGACCGCGAGGCCGUCGCACUCGACGAGCUCAAUGGCCUUAUCUUUCUUGACCAUGUUGUAAAGGAGUCGCUCCGUCUCACAUCACCGACGGCCGAGGUGGUAAGGGAAGUGGCCGAUGACAUGGCCGUGCUACCGCUCUCGCGACCCUACCCCUGUCGCGCUGGGUCCAAGACCAGGACUUUCGACAAGAUCGUUGUUCGAAGAGGGCAAAGGCUGAUGAUCCCUGUCCACCUGAUGAACACUGGCGAGGAGAUCUGGGGUCCAGAUGCCAAAAAUUUCAACCCAGAUCGAUGGAGCACAAUUACUGCAGGCUCACCCGCUUCCCAGCUGCUCCUGUCUUUCAGUGUUGGUCCGCGCUCAUGCAUCGGCAAUCGCCUUGCGCUCGUCCAGCUCAAGGCCCUCGUCUGCACUCUCAUUCGCCGCUAUCGCUUCGAGACCGUCGCAACUCCUGACGGUGAGAUACAAGUUGGUCCAGCCGGGACGGGCUUCUUGCGGCCCGUGGCCUCGUCAGACAUCGUAGAGGGGGUCAAUGGCACGUUUCCAGUUCGCUUCUCACGGCUGUAGAAGACGACCACCCGCGCGGCAUAGCAAGCAGGCGAAACGUUGGAGAGGGAAUCGAUCUUCAUUCUUGCAGAAAGCAUUCGAUUACGGUUUAUGAGACUUUCAGAUCGCUGUUCCUAGCACCAGUCAUUAGAGCUGAGGCCUGUCCGCCACCCACUCGGGGUCUUCCAUGAUGUUUUUCAUGAAGCCGGACUGCUGCGGCAGCUGCACCGCCUUCUUGACGGCGGGUCGAGCCCAGUUGCUUUGAGUUGACGAAAGAGUCAGGCGCCCGAAGAAACAGCAGUGCGUAAAAGAGAGGCAGAGGAGACACUCACUUGUCCACCCAGCGCUUAACGCCUGGCGGCAACUCGCUCCUGGGAAUACCAGAGAAACCGUGGAUGGCCACUGGAUCAGAGA